AAAUCAAUCAACAUUUGAGUUGAGUGAGGAAACCUCACUGAGGUUGUAAAUAUUUGGAUUUUUAAUUAACCGCAUUAGUUAAUUGUCAUUCUUUAUUUACCUAAUUUUCACUACACUAUAAAAACUCGAGAAAUACGAGAUGACCAAUAACCUUUGCCUCCUCUGUCUGCAAGCGUUCGACAACGAUGACGACGACGGCGACGACACCGCGGUGAAAACAGAGAAUUCAAUUCAAAUCAAAAUCUUUUGUGAAUUGUUGGCUCCACGUCAAUCCAAUAAUCACAAAGAUUUGCAUCCAUACCAAUUUGGAGAGGAUGAGGUGUGCCAAUUUUGCCCAGAUUGUUACCCCCUCGUCGGCACGGUGGAGGAAAUUAGGAAUCAAAUCGCACUCUUGGAGGAACAAAUGGUGGUGAAAAUUAGAGAAAUCCGAGCCACAAUGUUGGAGUCGUCUUCCUCCUCGUUACGAAAUGAGAGAGAAGAACAAAUGAUGCAAAUUCGCAACAAGAUUAUUCGCGUGACAGGCGACAGUGACGAAGAGGAUGAGGAUUUUAAGGACGAAAUCAAAGAUGAGUUUCAGGAGGAGGACGAAGUUAAAGAGGAAUUUGAAGAAGAAAGCGAAAUCAAGGAAGAAUUUGAAGAGUUUAAGGAGGAGGACGAAAUUAAGGAGGAAGUCGAUGAAUCUGAGUCUGAGGAGGACGAUGUUGAUGUUGAUCCUCUCGGCGAUCUUGACUACGAUGACGACAGAAUUGGUGAUCACGAGACUGAUCCGUUAGGGGAUGACGAGGAGGACGACUUCGCCAUCACUCCUGGUCCCCAAGAGAAGCCGAGCCCGACGUCUAAAUUAACCGUGAAUAAUUCACCACCCCGGCCAAGUAUUCUCAGAACCAAACGGAAACGAGAAGCAUCUCCACCACCCGAAAAACAAGGACGACGUAAACAAAAUUUGGCACAGAUUGUACAACAGUCCUCUCAACUUCCCAUCACACAUCGGCCACCCCCACCAAAAAAUAGCCGUGUCACACAACCAGCCCCUCGUAAAAGUCGUAAAAGCCUUCCCAUUUCUAACGUUCCCAUCGACGACAACAUAUAUUGGGGGCAAGUACCUGACAAUAAUCCCCCCCAAUUCCAUAACUGCCCCUCUUGCUACGAACGUUUCAUCUCAGAAAUCUCCCUGCAUUGCCAUAUCCUUGAACGCCACAACGGAAUUAUCGAGUGCCACGCGCCCUCGUGCGACUCCAAGUUUCGCACGGUCUUCGAGAUGGAGGCGCAUUGGAAGCUGGCCCAUGCAAUCACUCGUGCUCCUGCUCCAAAGGUCCGAGUCCCCUUAGUGUGCAGACUUUGCAGCAGGAAAUUUAGUAAAUCGAAACUUGCCGUACACAUGUUCGUUAAACACGAGACUGGCGAAAAGAAGUAUUCUUGCGGCAAGUGCCCCAAGAAGUUUUGCCUCAUGGAGAACUUCCACAGACAUGUAAACCUGCACAGGUUCGACGCGACAAAACCCUUCAUUUGUGAUGUGUGCGAUUUACGAUUUUAUGACGCCGGGAGUCUCGAACAACAUGGGGCGACGCACAGUAGCAAGUUCAAGUGUGACCAGUGUGGAAAGACGGUUUCGAAUGGGAAAACUCUUGCUAGGCAUAUUCGCAUCCACACGGGCGAAAAAACGGAAAAAUGUUCCCACUGUGAGAAAGCCUUUUUCGACAAGAGUACCUUGCAACGCCACAUCGCGGUCAACCACUCCUCCACUGGGCCCUCGCACACGUGCCACCUUUGUGCGAAGGCGUUUUAUCUCGCUUCCGAUCUCAAGUGGCACAUUGAACGGACACACGAGGGCAAGUGUCAAGCCAAAUGUGACAUGUGCGACGAAAAGUUCCAGCAAAGUAGCACAUUGCAGAGGCAUAAAAUCAAAGUGCACGGGAAAGAUCCUUACCAUUGUGAUGAAUGUUCUGCAACAUUUAAUUCAAAGAAUGGACUACGUAUCCAUAAGAAAAUCCAUGAAGGGAUAAAAGAUCAGAUCUGUGAGACUUGUGGAGCAAGCUUUAUGUGGAAGAAAGAUCUCGUCAGUCACAUGGCAAGUCACAGCUCGGAGCGUCCAUUUCUCUGCUCACACUGCGGAAAGGCUUUCAAGGUCAAGUCCAACUUGGCCAUUCACAUUAAGGGUGUCCACACUCCGGGCUACGUGGCCCCCACCCCGCAUAAAUGCCCCCACUGCGAGAAAUCCUUCCGCGUCCCGUUCUUCCUGAAGGGACACAUCCGUCAGGUUCACACGGGAGAACGACCCUUCGCCUGCGACCAAUGCGGGAAAGGAUUCGCUGUUAAGCAGGCGUUAAAUCUGCAUUUGACCGGAGCUCAUGGCAUUACUGUGGAGAGGACGAAGAAAGAUAGGGUACCCAGGUCGAAGAGGGAUGAUUUUCAAGAAAAAAAGAAACGGGAUACUUAAAUAUGUACUUCAAAUUUUGUAUUUCAUUUUAUAGUAUGAAAUUGUGUAAUAAGAUUUAAAUCGAGUUUUUAUUUAUUUAUAAAUAAA